GCAUAUGUGUGGCUUUAUUGCGGGCGGUUAAUGCAGCUUCCAGAUUCGUCUGUGCCUCAAUCGAGCGUCCAAAGCAUAAUUAGUAUGACGCACCUUGUCGCCAUCAAAUACCUGUUUACGGAAAUCUAUGGGUUGAGCAGAUUCCCGCUUUCAGUAGUUUAGUUUUUUGCUUGCCGUUUACACGAAAUUUAGGAAAAAUUCUGCCAGUCGCACGGGAGACAGCAAGGCUUCCCGUUUGCUCAGCCCUAUUUAAGCAACGUACCGGCAGAUUAGUAGUUAGGUGGGUGACCACUAGCGAAUACCUACUGUUGUAUGUUAUUGCAUUUUUGCUUCUGUUAAUACUCUUGCGGCAUCUUGUCAGUUUGCUCGCAUGUAUACUAUAAAAGUAGACAACUCUUUCACAUACGACCAUAGGACGUUGAAUACAAGGCUUCCCGUUCGCUCAGCCCUAUUUAAGCAACGUACCGGCAGAUUAGUAGUUAGGUGGGUGACCACUAGCGAAUACCUGCUGUUGUAUGUUUUUGUCUUUUUGUACCUUGUACCUCUCCACUCCUCUCUUGCGCCAAGUUUUUUUUUGCUAGACCCGGCAAUCCAUGCCACGCCCAACAACGUUACUUGCCUAUUCCUGUCAUUGCGGGCACUAGAGGGAAGUGGAGAUGGAUUGACUUCGUCGAGUCCACUUUCAUUCACACACUUUCAUUCACACACAUUGACCAGAUAGCAGAUAGCUCCGUAGCGCAGUGUCCUCUAUGCCACGACAUGCAUUGUUUACGCUGGAUUAAACAGACCUUCAGGAUAUCGAAACUCAAUGACAAACCAUACGGCUCUUCUACCAGCUGGUGCGCACACUGUGCACCACCGGCGAUCGAUCGGCGAAGCAAUGGUCUCCGUCUAGGAAACAACAGCAGCAUCGGCCAAGAUAUGUCUUGGU